CAGCUGUUCAGAUCGCAGCAAUCGCAAGCAGCUACUCCAGGUGCAGCUGCUCAGCUGCAGCUCUUGCAACAACAGCAGCAACAGCAGUAUCUGGCGGCGGCUCAGCAGCAGCAAGCUGCAGCCGCUGCUUUUACACAGCAAGGACCUUACGUCCUAAAUGCGCAACAAGAACCAUACCUGAUCACCACAGGAGUGCCCGCCCAGUAUUACGGAGUAGCGCCUUGGGUUUAUCCGGCUCCUCCUGCUAGUCUCGCAGCUCUUCAGCAAGGAGCCAGCAAUGGAGCCAGACGACCUCUUACCCCAAAUGGAACCAAUGAAGCUCAACAACAAGUGCAGCAGGGCGUACCGACGGGCGGUUACAUUGUCCCCGCUGCUGCAUAUUAUGAGCAGGGCGGCGGCCCCAUUUUGGUGGCACAGGGACCAGCCGCUGCAGCCGCUGCUGCAAUGCGGAACGGCCACGGCGCGCCCAUGCGCCUGGUCAGUCCGGCGGCGCCCGUUCUGGUACCGCCUGGCGGAGCACCGGGGCGAACCGCCCAGAGCGCAGCAGCGGCCGCUGGCUUGUACGGAGCCGCCGCAGGCGCACAAAGUCUCUAUGGGGCGGCAGCCGCUGCGGCUGCUGCAGGCGUCAGCACCUCCGUGAACGGAACCACACUCGGAGGGGUGGCUCAGGGCGUGGCCGGUUCAGGACUGUUCCCUGGCCUUCCGCCUUCAGCUGCAACAUUUGGAGGUUCUUCGCAAUUGGGUGCAAUUGGUUCAUCCGCGCAACAGCAACAACAGGCCACGUCGCAACUCCAUUCAGGCUUGGGCUUGAAUACCGCAACCACAGGCAGAAGAGACUCCUUUGACAGAAACACGUCGGCCUUUUCGCCUUCAUUGGAUUAUCGGCAGAAAUGGACGUCGUACAAUAUUGGCAGCAGCCCGAGUCCAUUAGCGGGCAGUCUUACGCCACCUCCAGCCCCUUUGCAAUUAGGGGGUCUGGUGAAUUCACGAUUGACCACUUUCCAGGUGUUGUCUGCCGCACCUGGAGCGGAAGCAAAAUAUCGAAAUUCUGUCGCUGCCGGACUGAACGCAACCACAAUGUUCGGCUCUACCAACUCGUUGUUCGCGAAGAUGAAUUCAUCGUUAACCGCUGUUCCUGCUGCUAUGGAUAAGACGCCUCAAGGCAGGUCGCGCCUGUUGGAAGAUUUCCGAAACAAUCGCUACCCCAAUCUUCAACUAAGGGAUCUAGCGAAUCACAUAGUCGAGUUCUCGCAAGAUCAGCAUGGAUCGCGAUUUAUACAACAAAAGCUGGAACGCGCCUCAGCCCCGGAGAAGCAGAUGGUUUUCAAUGAAAUCCUCUCAGCCGCCUACAACCUGAUGACCGACGUUUUCGGAAAUUACGUUAUUCAGAAGUUUUUCGAGUUCGGCUCGAGUGAUCAGAAAACCACGUUGGCGCAAAAAGUAAGUACCAAACCCCAUACGGAUUCUGGACAGUCUUUCUUCUGACGCUCAGUUGUUGAAGAAUUGCAUAAACUAAAGUCGCAAGUGAAAGCGAAUUACGCUUUUUAUUGUCUUGAGUCACAUACGAAGUGGCGGAUCUUCAUUGCAAAUGUUCGCAUUUAUAUACCCGGUCGCUUUUAACCUAGAGUACCUAGAAUUAAACGAUUGAUACAGAAAUUAUAAGGUUAUUUCUUGAUUACUUUAUAAAAUAAAAUUUCAAUUUAAUCCACAAAUCGAUAGAAUUAUCUUGCUUAUAAAUUCUGUUUAUCUUUCUUUCACCAUUCCUUUGGUGCAAAAUUUUAAAUGCCAAAUUGCGAAUUGCAGCAAAAACAAUUUUAACAAUUCGAU